GUGAGUACAGUAUGUCGCCAACCAACCAAACCACCUGUUCCGGGACAUGAACUCCCCUGGCAGGACUGAGGAAGACCAUUAUCCAUUCAUUUCUCUAACUCCACUUCCCCUUUGGCGUUGGUUGAUCAUAAAAAACUAAAGCAGCCAGUAGAAGUUGGACAACAAUGGACGAGUGCUGCAUGUCUGCCGAGGACGCAGAGAGACAGAGGAUACACAGAGCCAUAGAGCAGCAGCUCCGUCGUGAUAAGCGAGAGUCUCACCGGGAGUUUAAGCUGCUGCUGUUAGGGACUGGUGAAAGUGGGAAGAGCACUUUCAUCAAACAGAUGAGGAUCAUCCAUGGCAGUGGAUACAGUGAAGUCGACAGGAGGGGUUUCACUCGGCUGGUGUUUCAGAACAUUGUGACAGCCAUCCAGGCUCUGAUCCACGCCAUGAGGACGUUACAGGUUGACUACGGCGACGCGGACAACACUAGCCACGCGGACAAGCUGAGCAAAGUGGAGGCAACCAUGGUGCACGCCCUGGAGCCUUGGCAGGUGGAUGCCAUAAGGAAAGUGUGGAAUGACCAGAGUGUUCAAAGGUGCUACGACCGCAGGAGGGAAUUCCAGCUAUCUGACUCUGCCAAAUAUUACCUGAGCGACUUGGACAGAAUCACAGGCCGGCUUUACAUCCCGACCCUGCAGGACAUCUUGAGGGUGAGGGUCCCCACCACAGGCAUCAUCGAGUAUCCCUUUGACCUCUCCAAAGCUAUCUUCAGGAUGGUGGAUGUGGGUGGUCAGCGUUCAGAGAGGAAGAAAUGGAUCCACUGUUUUGAAAAUGUCACAUCCAUCAUUUUCCUGGCGGCCCUCAGCGAGUAUGAUCAAGUGCUUUUUGAAAAUCCCAAUGACAAUCGACUGAGAGAAAGCCUCGCCUUGUUCAAGACCAUUCUUUCAUACCAUUGGUUCCAAGAGUCCUCCACCAUCCUCUUCCUGAACAAGACAGACCUGCUCCAAGAGAAAAUCUCACAGUCCCAUUUGGCAACUUACUUCCCAGCCUACAACGGGCGUCAGAAUGAUGCUGAAUCUGCCAAAAAGUUCAUCCUGAAAAUGUACACGGAGAAUCACAGUGGACAUGACAAACCCCUUUACUCGCACUACACCUGUGCCACGGACACCGAAAACAUCUCUAUCGUCUUCAAAGCCGUCAAAGACACACUCUUCAGAGAUAACCUGAACAAGUUCAACCUCGAGUGAAAGAGGUCAGGGGACAAAGUGAUUUCUUUCAUCCUUAGGAACAAGAAAGUCACAUGUUGUAACAGGUUCAUGGACAUUUUCUCUCUGAUGUGCUGUUGGCCCUCAGACAGCACCAUCAGGUAACAUGUUCCUGUCAGUACUGUAAAACACAGACAGUUUGUGUCUGUGCCCUGUUUUUCAACACAGUUCAUCACACAGUUUAAUAUUGGGUAUCUAUUCUCUAAGAAUCAGCCAAUGGUAGCAAACCGGUUUGACAGAGUCUGCUUUAUCAAGAUUGAAGCAUUGCUACAUUGGGAGGAGCAAGAAAAAGGAUUGUCUACUGGGAAGUUCAGUGUCUUAAGUUUUAUUUAUACUUUAUAAUAUAGUUUAUGUGUGCAACAAUAACCACAAGCAUGUAGGCUGUGAAAUGAUUCUUCACUAACAGUCACUUAAUAAAUAUUAAACCAAAUGUAUGUUUUUAAACAAACCAAA